ACGGAGAACAGACGGCGGGUCAUGUGACGGCAGCGGUUUGUGAACGACAAAAGCGGACUCACACAAAUGCUCUGCCACAGUGAGGCACACAUACACAGAGGAGUUUCGUAACUUGGGGAAGUUUUACGGAGCCAUCGAUCACAGAACCGUCUUGUUGUUGUUUUUUCCUUGAUGUCAGUGACACAGCGGAGGACCGAGCGUCGCCUGCGUCACCUUUUCAGCGGAGAGUCUAAUUGAGUUUCUCCCUGGGAAGGGAACCUGUGCCUUUCAGCAAGGCAGCCGCGAAACCACCGUCUCUCCUUGCAGGAACAGACCGUAUACCCCAUCUGAGAGGAGUCUGGCGUGUGCAGCCAUGCUGAUGUAUGAUUACCCUCCGAAGACAGACAUUCAGCCGGUAAGUCGUUCUAUCCUGGAGUGAUCUUCCCCCAUCCGCCGCACUUCUACAGAAUGCACCCCCUGUCCCACUCUCACACCCCGACCGGGCUGACACACACCCAGAUGGAGCCCGUGGACCUGUCUGUCAACAAGCACUCAUCUUCCAAGUCCCCUCCCUGCUCCUCUGCGUCGACCCCGGCGUCCCCUCGCAGCUCCCCUGCCUCGCCUUACAGCUCGGCGAGCCGCACCUCUUCCCGCAACUCGCCCCCACACACUCAGUUGCGCUCCUCACCCUCCCACGCUCUCCCGCCGCCCACUUCCUCCCUUCCAUGUCCCACCAUUGUGUCUCCGGGGGGCCCCGGGGUCAUCCCAAAGUCACAGAUCAUGGUUUCUCAGAUCGUACUGCCUCUGCCCAUUCUCCCCUAUUACCCACCACAUUUGCUGAACCAGCCAAUAAUGAUGAACUCACCUGCCAGCAGCGACGAUGACCAUUUCAGGAUCUGGGAGCCCAAGAUAGUUCACCCAACGAAGCCUCUGGAGCCGCGAAGUGAUACCCACGACCUGCACAAGCCAAUCAAAAUCGAGACUGAACCCGCUCAUGACCCCAGCAGUCACGAGAAGUCAUCAGUCAGAGCGAUGCCACACGAGUACGAGGGUAACAACCCAUCAGUAAUAGUCCACUCGGGCACAAGGCACCCUUUCCCUGCUGAUUCACCUGACACACUGAAAAAACGGAGGAUUCACCGCUGUGACUUCAGCGGCUGCGACAAAGUGUACACCAAGAGCUCCCACCUCAAAGCACACCGCAGGACACACACAGGGGAGAAACCCUACAGGUGCAGCUGGGAAGGCUGCACGUGGAAGUUCGCCCGUUCAGACGAGCUGACGAGACACUACCGCAAGCACACGGGAGUCAAACCGUUCCACUGUCCCGACUGUGACCGCAGCUUCUCCCGCUCUGACCACCUGGCUUUACACAAGAAACGACACCUCCUAGUGUGAAACCCUCUGCCGUGCAACUUGAAUGCAACUCUGUGCUGGGUUCAGUGUUGGACUACACCACUUUGACUUUAAAAUGAAAUGGCUGGCCUUACCUGGACUGCGACAGGGAGUGAGGAAAUGUUUCCUCAGGGUUAAUGUUUAAACCCUUUCACCUCAUUAAGCCAAAGAGAGGGGGGGGAAAAAGCUGGUUGCCAGCUCACACAUUUAAGACCAGCUAAUUUUUAUAGAAAUAUGGUAGCUGAACCAAACCUCUGAUCAGCUGUGGAAGGGCGAGACACUUUUUUUUCUUUUUGCUUGCAGCUCCUCAGCUGGCCUGAGAGCAGCGCCCUCUUGUGGCUACACAACCAAAACAGCAGUUCAGUCUGUGCAAGCCACAUGGCAUGCUCACAAGCUUCUCAGCGCAACAUGAUCUCCAGCUUUAAAGCUUUUUGUUUCACAUGCAUUCAAGUAAAUGUUUGGGACUUGGACACACUUACAAAUACAUAUUUUUUUUGCUCGCUACACCAAUACAAUGUGAAACUUUCCAGAAUGUAUCCUAUCACGCCUACUGUGCAUUGUGUCAUAGAUGCUUCAGCUUUUCUUUUUCUUUUUCUUUUUAAAACACUCGUGCCAACUUCCUCCUUCGGGAUCUGCUAUAAUUAAAAAAAAAAAAAAAAACACACCACACACCUCAUCUGCCUCUGCAAGCUCAGAUCAUGAAGUGAUGACAGGUUGCUAACGCUCGCUUUCUCUUGUACAUACACUCUCUUAUUAAAAGCAACUCAGCCUUGGUUUUGUGUACUCGUGGGUUUUAACAGUCUAGUGGGCAGUUUCAGUCAGUGAAGUGUUUUUAUGUUUUCAUUCAGAAAUGUGAAAGUUGCUGCACAGGGGCAUUAAUGUGUCGGUGAGGAAAAAGGCACCACCCGGUCAGUUUAAGGGUAGAAGCAAUGAAAUUGUGUCUUUACCGAUUUCUUAUGUUGAGUUUGUAUCUAUGAACUGUGUUUCGGUUUGUGACGUGACACCGAGGUAGCUUUUAUUAUUGUGUCACACUUUGAUACGGGGUGGGGAGAAAAUGCAAAAUGCAAGGCAGGGAAAUUACAAAAUUAAUUUUUAUUUUUUUUUUAUUUUUUUGUAAUUUUUAUAUUCAGGAGCAGUUGAGUUAUAUUCCAGCCCACUCUACACAUGCAUUUGUUUUAAAAGAAAAUUAACUUGUACACAAUUAAUACUUUAUCAUUCCCCUAAAAGUCAAAUCAGGGAUUAUUGUUGUAGCAGAUAUUCUGCUGCCAAACCUUUUUUUUUUUUUCUUCUUCUUCUUUCUUUUUAAAAGUGCCAUAAAGGUUUUUAGAGCACAAUUUUCCACAGCUGGAGAGCAAUACACUUUCUCUCUUUAUCUUUUUUAAAUGGCGCCUUUGUACAUCUCCAAUGUGCACUUUAUAUAUAUUUUAUAAAUAUAUAUAUAUGUAUGUAUAAAUAGUAUGUAUGAGUACAUUAUUUAACAUUCCCAAAGCCAGACAUUUUAAAUCACAUCAGGUUGGGGGGGGUUUUUUUUGGGGGUUUUUUUUGUUUGUUUGUUUGUUUGUUUGGUUUUUUCUGUUGUGUUUUUUUUCUUUUUUUCUAUCACACAUUUGCUUUUGGGUUUAAUUGGAAGGUGUCCAGUUCAGCAGUUGUCUUGGGUUUUUUUUGUUUUGUUUUUUUUUUUGUUUGGUUUUUUUUGGCAUUUUCUAGUCAUGUAUACAAGAAGGUGUAACCCCGCCAUUUAUUCGCAUGUACACGUUCACACACCCCGAAUGUAGCAGCUCAACUGAUCUGCAUUUGCUCCUCGAUGCCUUUUGCAGUUUGUGCUUUUGUUUUUUUUUCUGUUUGUUUUUUUUUUCUUUUUGUAUCUUUGCAAAUACAAUUGUAAUAUUAAUAUCUAUAUUUUAUAAUUCAUUAUUAGACUGAACGGGCAAUUAAUGGUUUUUAUUAAGCAUGAUUUUGAUACUCUAUUACAUAUUUCUAGUGUUUAUGAUAAACCCUGUCUUUUUUUUUUUUUCUAAUUAAAUCUUACCGUUGGCAAUUCAAAGGGAACUCAUCAAACUGUGAACGUAUGGUGUUUCUGCAAUUUAGCAUUUUUAAACAAAAUAUUCAUACCACUUAAUAAAGUUAUUGCAAUAUUUGAAGCAUG